UUUUUAAAUUAAGCGCGACGAUAAUCGUUUGAGAGAUCGAUAAAUUUUUCAUUUACUUUGAUAAUCGAAAUUUUUCACAUUACGCACAUUCGUUUUUAUAUUUCAAAUUAUUAUUAUUUUAUAUAAGCUAAUUUAUAUAUACGAGUCUUCUUAUUAAUGCUAAACAGCAAUGAUCGAAUAAAAAGAGAGAGAGAGAGAGGGAGAGACAGGAAAAAAUAUGAGUAAAAAGAACGAAAAAAAAAAGGGGAAGAUUUUAUCGAGACUAUCCUAGUCUUAUUUUUCCUUUCCCUUGAUCAUACGUGGCUUUUCAUCCAUAUAUCGAUUGUUGUGUGAUAGGGGUCAGUAGUGGAAAGCCCUGUUCAAGUCGGCAGAGUCCGACACAUCGUAGUUUCUUUUACUUCACAGUUGUAAUCUGGCAUCACUUAUAAUAGAAGAUAGAAGAGAAGAAAAAAAAAAAAGAAGAGAAGAUACGUAGCGGAUCCUGAUAUUUAUAUAGAGCUCGUUCUACUUUAGAACAUGUAUCUUUUUUAAUAGGAUUUUAUUUUUCGUUAAAAUCGUCAUCCAUGAAGCAUCAACAAAUCACGGUGGACCUUUCGAAUAUGGUUUUCACCGCUUUUUCCUACUUGGCAUUAGCUGGAGCAGUCUGGAUUUUUUUGAGACUUCUUCAAGCCUGCUUUUGGCUUCCAAGACAUUUGAAAAAACAAAACGACGUUCAACAAAUGUUACAGGAUAAGGUUGAUGAUUACGAGAGAUAUAUACUCGAUUGCGAAGAGAAAGAGAAGACAAUGAUAUUGGAAGGAGAGAGUACAGAGGAGCAAAACGCCGAAAUGAUGAAGAAAUGGAAAGAAAGAAGAGAAUGUUUCGAAAUGAUGAAGCGAGAAUUGAAGAAGGUGCGUGACGGCGGUGAGAUUAAUGAUUGGGAUUAUCUAUUAGAAGAAGAACAGAAGUUGGAGGAGGAAGAGGAAGCUAAAAGGAAAGAAAAAGAAAGUGAGAACGAAGAAGGCGUGAAGAUAACUGAGAUUCCUGAAGAAAAGUUAUCUAAGAGAGAAAAGAAACAUGAUGACAAUAAAAAAUCUUCGGACAAAUUAGAUGGGUCGCCGAAAAAAUCCGAAAAUGUGGAUUUACUGAUCGGUAAAGAAGAACCGAAGGAAAAGGACGAAGAGGAAACCAAAAAGGACAAAUAAUAAUAUUCCUUUCUCGUUUUAUUUAUUGAGCUUGAAAUUUAUUUUUUUGUUACUUUAAAAUUAUUUUCGUAUUUUGAAGUAAAACAAACAAGAAGAAAAUUAAAUACGUCCAUGAUGACGUGAAAUAUUUUUAUCGUUGUUUAUAAAAUAUAUUUCGUACGAAAUGUUUUAAGUAAGAAACAACGUUGAAGUAUCAUCAAAGCAAUAAUUCGUUCGUCCUAAACAUAAUUUCUUUUUUCUUUCUGCCAUGGUGACCGUGUGUCGAUUUAUCGAGACAUUAUAUUUUUUAUAUACGUCACUUUGUAAUCAGUAAUAAAUGUAGAGUAGUAUAGAUAUAUACAACGAAAAUAUGUGUUCUCAACUCAUACAAAUUUAAAUAAAUUAGUAAAUCGAUCGUAGAGAUGAAAUAUGUAUUUACGUACAUAUUUUUAUAUAUUUGAGACGAUAUUCUUAAGGCCUAUAUAAUACAAAUAUAUACGUAUGCAUGUAAU